UUCUAAGCGGAAGUUGGGAGUUUGUGUCCGGCCAGGCAGCUCCGUCAGCUGGCGGCCGCUGUCGGAGGAGCCGAGCCGCCGUCAUGUCGCUGCAGUUCGGGGAUGAGGAGUUCCAGAGAGCCUGGCAGGAGCUGGACGAGCCGCAGCUGGACGGAUGGGAACUCUUCACCGAGGCGAUGGGGGUCCAGAUCCACCGGCGUUACGACCGGGAAACUGGACUUUAUGAGUACAAAGUCUAUGGAGCGCUGGACAGCUGCAGCCCAGAACUCUGUGCAGACGUCUACAUGGACCUGAUGUAUCGGAAACAAUGGGAUAGUUAUGUGAAAGAACUCUAUGAGAAGGAUUUCGAUGGACAAACGGCGAUUUACUGGGAAGUAAAAUACCCGUUUCCUCUGAAAAACAGAGAUUAUGUUUACGUAAGGCAGCGGAGAGACCUGGACAUAAAUGGCAGAAAGAUCUUUGUGAUCCUGGCCAGAAGCUCAGCGGAGACGGCGUGUCCAGAGAAGAGCGCCGCUCUGAGGGUGAGCGACUACAAGCAGAGCGUCGCCAUGGAGAGCGACGGAGCCGACGGCACUAAAGUGUUCAUGAACUACUUUGAUAAUCCUGGCGGCAUGAUCCCUGCCUGGCUGGUGAACUGGGCAGCGAAGAGCGGGGUCCCAGGCUUCAUUAAAGAUCUGCAGAAGGCCUGCAACAAGUACAAGACAUACUGCGAGAAGAAAUGAGUGCAGCUCACUGGAAAAACACGAAAUCUCAACAAGUAUUUUUGUCUAGUUUCAAGUGCAAAUAUCUUGUUGUACUUAAAAUAUGAGAAAAGUAACUUACAAGAAAUG